AUGAAAGCAAGCCACGGCAGGCUCUACCCACGUCAUCCCAGCUCCCACAGCUUCCUCCCCAUCGCGCCGCGACCAUCGAGCAAAAGUCGCGCCGAGAAAGACGCCGGUCCAUCGUCCGUGUCCGGUGCGGAGGUCUCGUCGGCCGCGGUCUCACGCUCCGGGUCCAUCUCUGCGGCAUCCGUGUCGUCCUCGUCGCAGACUCCGCCUAUUCACGGUUCGAAAGCCUCGUCCUCGCGCCGCUCCAAGACCCGCGGCAGUAGUGUUGGGGAGUGGUCCGGUUCCGAGGGAUCAGGCUCCGGAACCGAAGCGUAUGGUGGUCGUCUCGGUCGUCUGUGCCCGUCGACCUCUUCCUCCAUCGCCAGUGCCAGUGCCAAUGCCAGUGUCAAUGUCUCUGUCCCCGUCUCCUCGGUCGAGAUGAGUCGGGCCGGAUCGACCGAAGGAAUGGCUCUCGCAUCGGGAUCCGAGUCUUUAACCAUGGAUCCUACCAUGUGCGGAACCAUCUUUGAUCCAAUGUACUCGCUUGUCCCGGCCAUGUCGGCCGUCUCCACGGCCGCCGAGUUGGUCGCCAACAUCCCCAUCCUCAGUCCCAUGGAGGAAGUCAAUCCGUUUGAUUUCCCUCUCGAUCACUCGCUCCGCCUCGGCGACCGAGCGCUAGAAUACCUGGACGAUCUGAACAUGGACGUGGAUCUGACCGAAGGAUUGACGGACGAAGUCUUCGCCGUAGAAGACUGGUCCCGAUAUAUGUGGUCGCCGGAAACCGGGUUCGAACAUCUCGAUACAGACUAUCCGGCUACAUCUCAAUAA